AUGAACAAAGCAAGUGAAGAAGCCGCCGCCAAUGCUGCCGGGCAGCAGGACUCCCAAGAACUCACCGUUUUCGUCCAGAGUUUGCUGGAGCAAAUGCAAUCCCGAUUUGCGCAAAUGUCGGAAGCCAUCAUUGGUCGCAUCGAUGAAAUGGGCAGCCGAAUCGACGACUUGGAAAAGUCGAUCGGUGAACUCCUGGAACAGACAAACGCAAGCGACGCCGCCGUGGCUGCUCAAAAGCCCACCGCUGUCGGCACUCCUAAAGAAUAG